GAAGGCACGCACACAUCUUGUGAGCCAAAAAUUCUCAACACAAACUAAACUGUUAAGACACAUCUUGAGUUGAAUCUCUAAUGGAGAUUUGGACUCUCCAUGUUCUUGUCAUUUUCCUCCUCCUCUCCCACCUCUUUGCUCCAACAAAUGCAAAUAUGGAAGGGGAUGCUCUGUACGCCUUCAGAAGAUCUGUGCACGACCCAAACAACGUGCUUGAGAGUUGGGAUCCCACUCUGGUGGAUCCGUGUACCUGGUUUCAUGUUACUUGUGAUGAUGACAAACGAGUCACUCGACUAGACUUGGGGCAUGCAAAACUGUCUGGCCACUUGGUUCCAGAGCUGGGAAAGCUAGAUCGCCUUCGCUUUCUAGAAUUGUACAUGAACAACUUGGAGGGUUCUAUGCCAAAGGAGCUAGGGGAGCUCACGAGUCUUGUGAGCUUGGAUCUUUAUCACAAUAACCUAACUGGGAAAAUCCCACCAACUCUCUCCAAGCUCUCCAAUCUCAAAUUCCUUCGACUCAACAGCAACAAACUGAGUGGAAGGAUACCGAGAGAGCUAACCAAGCUCGGAAACCUUAAGAUCCUAGACCUCUCGAACAAUAAUUUAUGUGGAACCUUCCCAACUUCUGGUUCCUUUUCCAAGUUCUCUGAAGAAAGUUUCAUGAACAAUCCGAGACUGGAAGGGCCAGAAUUGAUGGGAUUCGUGAGAUAUGAUGUUGGAGGAACCUGCAAUUAAUAGAUUAACUGAUAACUGAUGAUAAUGACCACACGAGACCCUUCUUGUGUUGUGCUACUAGUAGUGUAAAGGAAAUGUCUCAUUCCCUCAUAUCCUUCUUUAAUUAAUAUAUUAAUAUUAAUACUAUAAGUCGCUUGCUUGGAUCAA